GAACGUCAUCUCUGACGUCCUCUGAAUUUCCUUCUCAAAGUCGAUACAAACUUAGAAAUGUAAACAAACUUAUAUAAACACAUCUAACUCUAACAAUUCGACAUCAUCUUAUUUGAAUUUCAUCAGUAUUCUUUUGAUCUUUAAAAAUGGUAGCAUCGACAGAAAUGAUGUCUAUUUUAGUGUCAUUGAUCUGUGUAGUUAUUGUGACAGGCUUCAUUAGAGUGGUAGACUGGAUUUGGUUAAGACCUAAAAAGUUGCAGAAAAUGCUGAAUCAACAAGGUAUAUAUGGUAAUUCUUACAGGUUUUUGUUUGGUGAUCUUAAAGAUUUCUCGUUGUUGCGCAAUCAGGCUUUGAAAACACCUAUGACUCACUUCUCCGACGAUUAUUUUCGUCGCGUUGAACCUCUUCGCCAUCAGAUUCUCUCUAAAUAUGGAAAGGAUUACAUCGUCUGGCUUGGUCCUAUACCAAUGAUACAUAUCUCAAAGCCAGAGUUGAUCAGAGAGGCUUUCAUCAAGACAAAUGAGUUUACGAAACCCAAGGUGAACCCCGUUUUUGACAAGCUAUUUCCAGGAGUUGUCAGCUAUGAAGGAGAAAAAUGGGCUAAACAUCGAAAGAUUAUUAAUCCUGCCUUCCAUAUGGAGAAGCUGAAGCUUAUGCUACCAGCAUUCUAUGAAAGUUGUGCAGAGAUUAUCAAUAAGUGGGAGAUUGAGGUUGCUGAAAUGGGUUCGGGUGAGUUAAAUGUGUGGCCGGAUCUAAUGAAACUCUCAGCAGACGUGAUCUCUAGAGCAGCAUUUGGUAGCAACUAUGAAGAAGGGCGACAAAUUUUUGAACUUCUAAAGGAGCAGACUAAUUUAGCUCUAGCCAUUGUACAAUCAGUUUACAUCCCCGGAUAUAGAUUCCUUCCCACAGCAAGGAACAGGAGGUUUAAGGAAGUUGAAAACCAAAUACAUAAUCUACUGCAUAAAAUUAUCAAGAAGAGGAAGAAGGAUAUUGAUGUUGGAGAAUCACCAAAGGCGGAUCUGUUGGGUUUACUUAUGGAUUCGAAUGCAAAAGAAAUCCAACAAGGUGUUGGCAGCAAGGCUAAUGGGAACUUUGGGAUGAGUCUUGAUGAGGUAAUUGAUGAGUGUAAACUGUUCUACUUGGCUGGACAAGAAACAACAUCCACAUUGUUGGUUUGGACAUUGCUUAUGCUUAGCAAACACCGAGAUUGGCAAGUACGAGCACGAGAAGAAGUCAUACAAACAUUUGGGAGUAGUGUGCCAGAUUUUGAAGGCUUAAGCCAUUUAAAAACUGUGACAAUGAUAUUGUAUGAAGUUCUUAGACUUUACCCACCUGUAAUGCAACUUUCAAGAAGAGUAAAACAGGAUACAAAUCUAGGAGCAUUGUCUCUUCCAUCAGGUGCAUUGUUUUCUUUCUCAGUAAUAUCUAUUCAUCGAGAUAUGGAAAUUUGGGGUAAUGAUGCACAUGAAUUUAAGCCAGAGAGGUUUGCUGAGGGAAUUUCCAAGGCAACAAAAGGAAAUAAUUCAUUUUUCCCAUUUGGUUGGGGACCCAGAAUAUGCCUAGGUGAAAAAUUUGCAUUGGCUGAAGCAAAAAUGGCGAUAUCUAUGAUUCUACAACGCUUUUCGUUUGAGCUUUCACCAUCAUAUGUUCAUGCACCCAUGACUGUUAUGUUCUUACAGCCUCAACAUGGUGCUCAGUUGAUCUUACAGAAGCUUUGAUGUAAGAGGCCGUCGCAUGAUGCUCGGGUGGAGCUGAUGACAGAUGCAAUGCCCUGUGCCUACAUUAAGACUGAAGUAUUAAUGAAACGUAUAAC